CCAAGCUUUUGGCUUCACCAUCGCUCUCACCACUCACCAGAUUAGUAUCGGUGUGGGAAAAAGAGCUCGCACGCACAACAAGUUUCAGCUCGGACCCCUGCUUUCAUUUGAAGCUGGCGUGAGCCUGAGCCAUUAGAGAUGGAAGCCGAGCCAACCGCAGCGGCCGCCGCGCCGCAAGCCGAAGAAGCCAAAGGCGAUGCAGCCGAUUCGAUUUCAGAACAUGCGAGCGAAAGCGUCUACAUCAACAACCUCAACGAAGACAUCAAAAUCGAUGUGCUCAAACAAACGCUCAAGAAUCUCUUCGGUGUCUACGGGCCCGUGCUGAGCGUGCAAGCGCAGAAAAACGUGCGGAUGCGAGGUCAGGCAUUCGUCGCGUUUGCAUCCAAAGAGCAGGCUGCGAAAGCCGUCAAGGAGGUCGCUGGCUUCCCACUGUACGGCAAACCGAUCCAGAUCUCAUUCGCGCGGCACAGGAGCACAAGCGUAGUCGAGAAGCUCAACGCAGGGAAUGCCGAUGUGGUUAGAGAGCACAAGCGAUGGCUUAAGGCGCAUCAGGCACGACAGCGUAGAGGGAAUCAGCUGCGGAGGAAUGACCUGGCCGCGAAGAUUGCAGAGAAGAAAGCUGCUGCUGGAGAGCUUGAUGAGCAGUCAGCAGCGGCGCUUCCUGGUGCGCACAAGAGGCAAGAAAUCGCGAUGCCCGACGAGUAUCUGCCACCGAACAAACUCCUAUUCGUACAGAAUCUGCCGGAAGGAACAACGCGCGAAGCGGUCGAGGCGCUGUUUUCCUCUUUGGACAAUUUUGCCGACAUCAGACCUGUGCCAGGCAAUACCAAGAUCGCAUUCGUCGAAUUUGCAGACAUUCCUAGCAGCACGUCAGCAAGAGAGAAGUUGAAUGGGUAUGCGUUCCCAAGUGGGGAGAAGAUCAAGAUCACCUUUGCAAGGUGACGGCUUUACGAUGCUCGGAAAGUGUAUUUGUAACGAUUUCUUCUACAAUGCUGGAUGCUCAAUUCGCUAUGGAGGAAAAACAUGACUCGUAUGCU